AUCCAAAUGGAUAUCCCCAAUCAAACAAAGUAGAAAAGUAGAAUAAAAUAAUACACUGCCGCCAAAUUCAAAGCCUUCUCAAGGAUCGAUAAAAGUGUGCCAUUUAUGCAUACCAUCUGGUGAAAUUCAAACUCGGGGAUUUACAGGCAACAAAAAGUAUCGAACCGGGGUUGGGAUGUCUAAUAUACGUAUCUGCAUUCUCGAAAUUUCGAAUUUUAGGGUUUUACAGAAUUUUAUUUAGUUCGUUUCUGCAGAUGGGUAACCAUCUCUCAAGGGAUUUCAUGGCAUUGUCUGAAAAUAUGAGACAUCGCUAUGAAGUGGAUUUAUAUUAACUCUGCUCUCACAGCAAUUACACACCACGCCAAUUCAUUACAACCGAAUAUUUUCUCUUUUACCAUAUUUAAGCUAUGGAAUCGCCACAAUGCUUAUACUUGUUUUUGUACUUGCCCUCUUCCUAUCAAAAUACAUUCAGUAGAGAACAUGCAGUGUUUUGAAACCAAAUGUAAGUUCAAUGACAAACCAGAAAGAAAUCAUACCGAUUUUUUGGCUUUUGAUCGUCUGCUGCAGGAUUGUAUUGAUACAAAAAACGUAACAGAGGGCAAGCAGUUGUAUUCUGAUAUGAUCGAAGCUGGAUAUAAGCCACCGAUUUUGAAAGGAAACCGUCUUGUUCAUAUUUGUCUUUUAUCAGGAAAAACUAAGGAUGCACGCGAUGUGUUUGACAAAAUGCCCGAACGAGAUAAAUUUAGUUGGAACACCAUGAUUGCUGGAUAUGCCAAAUGUGGGAUGCUGGAGGAGGCGCUCGAUAUGUUUGAAAAAAUGCCUGAAAGGAACUCGAUAUCUUGGUCGUCUCUCAUCACGGGAUUUGCACGCUAUGGUUGUGGUAAAGAAGCCAUGGAGUUGUUCCGUCGAAUGCAGAAGGAAGGCAUGAUACCGAAUGAGUACACUUUUGGCAGCAUUCUCCGGGCAUGUGCUGGGAAUUCUGCCGUAUUAGAAGGGGAACAAACCCAUGCAUAUAUUAUUAAGACGAAACUUGGCCUGAAUGUUGAUCUAGCUAGUUCUCUGGUUGACAUGUAUGCUAAAUGCAGGAGAAUUGAAGAUGCCCGCCGAGUGUUUGAUAGAAUUCCCAAACGAGAUGCUGUAUUAUGGACUUCUAUAAUUUCAGGGUAUGCACAUAAUGGAAAGGGGGAGCAGGCUUUAAAAUUCUUGCCUGAGAUGCUUCGGACAGGGGAACAAUGCAAUCAAUUUACUUAUUCAAGUGCUUUGGUUGCAUGUGCAGACCUUGUUGCUCUUGAAUCGGGCAGGCAGAUUCAUGGUUAUAUCAUAAGAAGUGGAUUUGAGUUUAAUAGUUUCGUAGGGAGUUCGCUUGUGGUGAUGUAUUCAAAAUGUGGAAGCCUAGAAGAUGCCCUGAAAAUGGUGGGUGAGGUUCAAGGAGGAGAGGAGGUGUCUUGCAAUGCAAUGAUUGGGGGAUAUAUUCAACAUGGACGUGCAGCUGAGGCUCUAAAUUUUUUUUGUCAAAUGCAUAGGGUAGGUGUAAAAGUGGAUCAUUUUACUUUUCCUACCAUUCUUAAUGCAUGUUCUACCCUUCCGGCAUUAGAACAAGGUAAGCAGAUCCAUGCCUCAAUAAUAAGAACUGGUUUCGAGUCAAAUAGGUAUGUUGGCAACGCUUUAGUUAACAUGUAUGCCAAAUGCCAGAUCUUGGAUGAUGCGAAGAAAGUGUUUGAUAGUAUUCCAGAGAGAGAUGUUGUCUCUUGGACUGCAAUAGUUGGAGUGUAUGUGGAGAGUGGGAAUAAUGAGGAGGUACUUCAACUUUUUCGUCAAAUGAGAGAGGCGGGCAUAACACCAGAUGAGUUCAGUUUGGCUAGUGUUUUAAGUGCAUGUGCCAGCUUAUCAGCUUUAGCACAGGGAAAGCAAGUACAUGCCCUUGCUAUUAGAUCAAAAUCAGGUGAUUAUUUGUCUGUGCAUAAUGCCCUUGUUAUUAUGUAUGCUAAAUGUGGGAGCAUAGAGGACGCAUACCUCGUAUUCAGAGAAAUGCCCAGUAGAGACGUUGUUUCAUGGACCUCUAUAAUCAAAGCAUAUGCCCAAAACGGCUGUGGCAAGGAUGCUCUCAAACUCUAUGAGAAAAUGCUAUCAUCAGGCUUGAAGCCAGACCAUGUCACCUUUGUUGGUGUGCUAUUUGCCUGCAGCCAUGCUGGAUUAGUGAAUGAAGGACGUCACUUGUUUAAUUCCAUGGCUCUUGAUUAUGGUAUCACACCACAGACACAACAUUAUGCCUGCAUGAUUGACCUUCUUGGUCGAGCUGGGCACAUGAAUGAGGCUGAAGAUUUACUUAGGAAGAUGCCGGUUAAACCUGAUGGUAUUGUGUGGAAGUCCCUGCUUGCUGCCUGUAGGAUUCACAAGAAUACUAAAUUAGGAAAAUAUGCUGCAGAAAACCUUUUUGAGUUGGAACCACAAAAUUCUGCACCGUAUGUGUUAUUGUCAAACCUCUAUGCUGCAGCUGGCAAGUGGGAUGAGGUAGCAAAGAUUAGGAAAAUGAUGAAAGACAGAGGAGUGAUAAAAAAACCAGGAUGCAGCUGGAUUGAGGUGAAAGACAGAGUACAUUCUUUUUUUGUGGAAGAUAGAAGUCACCCACAAACAACAGAGAUCUAUGAAGUUCUGGAUAAACUGGCUAAGCAAAUGAAGGAUGCAGGGUAUGUGGCUGAUACAAAUUUUGUGCUUCAUGAUGUUGAAGAGGAACAUAAGGAACAUGCUCUUAGUUAUCAUAGUGAGAAGCUAGCUUUAGCAUUUGGAAUUAUAAGUAUACCUUCUGGGACACCUAUUCGAAUUGUCAAAAACCUACGUGUGUGUGGUGAUUGUCACACAACAAUCAAAUUUGUUUCAAAAAUUGUUGGCCGAGAAAUUGUUGUCAGAGAUUCUGUACGAUACCAUCAUUUCAAGUUUGGACUGUGCUCAUGUGGAGAUUAUUGGUGAUAAAAAGUUAAAGACAUUGUUAGUUGCCAGGUUUCCUAGCACAAAAUAAUUUGAAGAGCUGGCCUUUCUGGACAUGCAAGAAGAGAUUGUGAAUAGUUCAUUGUGGAAUAUGGAAGAGACCAUGGAAGAGAUAUAUGGACAAAUGUAUUCUAAAAGUUUCUGUAUUGAAAGGAAAGAUAUCCGUUAGGCCUUUGAUUAAACAUUUUUCUUUGUAUGAUCCAUGCAUUGCAUGCAAAUGCAUUAAGUGAAAUAUGUUGAUAUA